AUGCCCUUUGGCCUAAAGAACGCUGGCUCCACCUAUCAAAGAAUGGUGACAAGAAUGUUUGAAGCUCAUUUAGGCAAGAAUGUGGAGGCUUAUAAAGAUGGCAUGGUGGUGAAGAGCAAAGAGAAGUUCAAGCAUUUUGGGGAUUUGGAUGAAAUCUUUUCAAUCCUGAGGAAGCAUGAGUUGUGUCUAAAUGCUUCUAAAUGCUCCUUCGAUGUGGGAUUAGGGAAAUUCUUGGGGUGGAAAGAUUUUGCUUGGUCCAAGGAAUGUGAUAGGGCCUUUGAGGAGUUUAAGAAGUACUUGGCCCAUCCACCAAUUUUGUCCAAACCUGAGAAGGAAGAAGUCUUGUAUGCCUAUAUAGAAUUCACAGCCCAUGCAGCAUUGCUCCGAAAAUUGGAUUAUACAAGAAGAGUAGCAAAGUGGGGAACCAUGUUGGGAGCAUUUGACAUCAGGUACUUACCUCGUACAGUUGUAAGUGGGCAUGUUUUGGCUAACCUGGUAGCUAAGUUUACUAAGGGAAUGGAAAAGGAUGGCACCGAGGAGGGAGGUAUGCCUGACAAAGAGAUUUUGGUGAUUACAACGUCACACUCGCUACUUUGGGAAUUAUACGUGAAUAAGGCCGCUAACCAGAAGGGUUCAGCGAUCGAAAUUGUUCUAGUAUCUCCUGAAUGCAUAACUAUCGAGAAAUCCUUGAAGUUAAGCUUUCCAGCCAUGAAUAAUGAAGCAGAAUAUGAAGCUCUUUGGGCUGGCUUAAAUGCUGUAAAGAAACUUGGAGGCAAGGCCGUGGAGGUAUUUUGUGAUUUGAGGCUCAUUGUGGGGCUAGUGAUAGAAGAAUUCGAGGCUAAGGAUCAAAGGAUGCAAUGGUAUCUAAGCCAAGUGAAACAAUUGCAGUCUAACUUUGAGGCAUUUUCUAUAGAGCAAAUUCCCAGGAGUAGAAAUUUCCAUGCUAACUCAUUAGCGACCCUAGCCACCUUGUUAGGAGAAGGCCUACCGAGAAUUAUUAUGGUAGAAGACCUAGUGGCAUCCAGUUGGGACAGCCAGGUCCUUGUCGGAGUAAAUGUAGUACAUGUUGGCCCGAGCUGGAUGGACCUAGUGGUGUCAUUCCUAAGGGAUGGAACACUGCUUGAAGACAGGACCGAGGCUAAAAAGGUUCGAAGAAAGGCACCAUGGUACUAG